AGCAUUUCUAUAUCACACCCAAAUCCCUCUCUCUCCUUUUUUUUUAUUUAUUUUUCACACUCCACAGUCUUUCACUUUCGACUUCCAUUUUCAGAGACCUGGUUUGCAAAGAAAAAGAUGGGUAGAGAAAGCAUAGAAAAAGGAGGAGGGUUAUUAAAUGAUCCUCUGCUGCCUGUUAAACGUAGUGAUGGGUCUUCUGGUGCUGUGGAAUGUAGUAUCAGCAGCAGAGACAGUGCUGGUACAAAUGAAAAUCGAUCUUCUUUUUCAUCAGCUACAACUAUGGUUGUCGUCACCUCCUUGGUUGCUGUGUGUGGAUCCUAUGUUUUUGGUCUGUAAGUAUUUUUCUGUUUUUGUUUUAUUACUUUUUAAUUCUAGUUUUCUUUUUUUUCUGAUUGCCGUAUGUAUGUUGCAAAUUUGCAAUUAGUUGGUCGGUGGAUUUUCUCCUAAAUAUGAUGUAAUUAUAUAUGUUCCUAUGAAAAAGGCAUUUAGAAACUGUUCUGAUUCUUUAAGAUAGUUCUAGCAGUAGGAUUGACCCACUAUUGGAUAUCGAAGGACCAGUUUAUGAUAUUGAUUUGCAGAUUCGAUAUUCCUCACCGGCUCAAUCUGGAAUUAGUGCUGACCUGGGCCUCACUGUGGCUGGGUAUUCGCUCUUUGGUUCAAUAUUGACAAUUGGAGCAAUGAUAGGUGCUAUAGCGAGUGGGAAAAUAGCAGAUUACCUAGGAAGAAGAUGUACAAUGGGCAUUUCCGAGAUAAUCUGUAUUUGAGGAUGGCUUGCCAUAGUUUUCUCAAAGGUUUCUUGGUGGCUGAACCUUGGAAGACUUCUGGUAGGAUGUGGGAUGGGGCUUCCUAUGUAGUAAGUUAUCCGAAUAUAUCCAUUUACUUCCAGCUUUUAGUGAUGUGCCAGAUGGAAAUAUUUGUGUUCCAAUUGCCAAUUAUGUAUCUAAACAUAGCAGAAAUAACACCCAAGAAUCUUCGAGGAGGAUUUACAGCAGCUCAUCAGGAUGUAUAUAUUGGUUGGAGAGCAACUAACACCUGCCUAUAUUGGUUGGAAAGAAUUUGGAAGAGAAUCCGACAAAGGCCUCAUUUGAGCCCAAUUUGUUGGGCUUGGACCGGACUGGGCUGAAAGAAUUGUUGAAAUAAAGAGAAUGGAAUGCGUGGUGGGCAGGGGUUUUAUUGAAAACUAACCACUUUACAAAUCACUUUUCGAAAAAUAGCAAAUUUUUUUUUUUUUUUAAAUUUUAGCCAACUUUUUGGUAUAUCAGGAUCAAAAUACCCUUUGCAUUUUUUUUUUUGGGGUCUUUUUUUUCUACCGAAAUGCAACUUUUUUUUAUUUUGUUGUUUUUUGUUUUUUUUUUCCUUCUUUCCCUUUUCC